UAGCUUCACUUCACGGGCGGGCACUAUCCAUCCGGUGUCGACGGCUCAGGUUAGCGAUUAAAGUUCGUACGAAGCCUCUUGGCCAGGUAUUCGAGACCGGCAUUUCACACGUUGCGCCACAUCGGUACGAAUGCGACGUGAGUUAUGCUGUGCCCAUGACCUUGCGUCUGUGGCUUCGGCUCGAUUCAGCCUCAAAAGCAAUGAACGACAGCGGGAUUUACUGACUCUAGCAUCUUCACACGUGGACUUUGCAAGCUCACUCCUGCCUUGGCUGCCUGCACUUCCCAAUGAUCGUCCAACACAUGACCGCUGUGCGCCAGCCGCUUGCUCGGAAAGGCAAAGUUGCAUCGCUAUCCCAACCAGCUCACGAUACUCGUCUCGCUGUCCAAAACAGCUCAUAACUUCACCGACUCUAAGCGUGCAUGGCUCCCCUGAUCCUGGCUAUCUUCACUAUCUCCACACACACACUGCUUCCUUCCUUCCAUGCCUUCUAGCUCAGGGUCUCUCCGCAAGCCACAUCGCCUCCGUAGGCAAGUCAAGCGUCCAUCCAGGACCCUCCCAUCCCCCCACCAGCUCCGCGGAAGUUACACAUGCAGCGCAGAUCACAACGGACUUGCAGAUCAGCCACACCAAGUCGAACCUCGUGUUACAGAUGGCCAAUGGACGCGCAAUUCCACUAUCUUCUGCAUAUCACGUACCAAGAGUUAGCCGCACGCGACUGUGAAGGCGGAAGCAUGUGCGGGGAUGCCGGGGAGGAUUCUCGGAAUCAGGAAGUAUCCAUCCUCGAU